UUUUUUGCACGGGCACUUAAUUUGGACCUGAAUUUCCAAAUUUUUCCGGUGGUGGGGGCGGCGCAGCUCCCCGAGUAUGGCGGAUUGCUGCUUGGGUCCUUCCCUUUGUAACAAGAAGCUUCUUCAUUUGCCCACCCACUUCGCUUCUUCUUCUUCUUCUUCCUUUUCUUCGUCCUCGAGAUCUCUCUCGGUGUCCAUGGCCUCUCUCCGCUCGCAUUCCAAUUCUGUCCCCGAGCCCAACCCUACCCAGCCUUCCUUGCUCGUGUUCUCAGGUGGCACUGCGUUCAACGGCGUGGUUGAGGAGCUCAAGAGGUUGACGACUCGCGUCGCUCAUGUUCUCCCUGUUUCCGACGACGGAGGCAGCACUGCCGAAAUCGUUCGCGUUCUCGGUGGGCCGGCUGUUGGAGACAUAAGGUCAAGGUGUUUGAGAUUGUCGGAUCAGAGUACUUCGGAGGCCCUUUCUGUCCGAAGAUUAUUGGGUCAUCGCUUGCCACUUGAUCCAAAGCUAGCCAAGUCAGACUGGUAUCAGGUUGUUGAAGGAGAUCAUUCUUUGUGGGAUGGUGUUUCAAGACCUUAUCGGGAAACGAUUAGAGCUUUUCUGGUUUACUUUCAGAAUGAGAUCCUUCGGCGUCCUAAUGAAUCAUUUUGUUUUAGCAAUGGCAGCAUUGGGAAUUUUUUCUUUGCAGGAGCUCGCGUAUUUUUUCAGUCUUUAGACGCUGCAAUUUUCUUGUUUUCACGUGUCUCAGAUAUUCCAUCUGAAAGCUUGGUUCUCCCAGUAAUUUCUACCAAUGACAGGCUCACCCUGGGAUGUGAAUUAUGGGAUGGUACUCUCAUUCGCGGUCAGAAUGAAAUUUCUCAUCCAACCACAGGGACAGUGGAACUUGUCAAGAAGGAAUGCUCUUCAUCUCCUGCGCUUCCUUCAAGAAUAAAACGAGUAUUUUACCUGUCAAGUGAAGGCACAAAUUCUUUGCAUGAGGUUUACCCCUCAGCAAAUCCAGCUGUUCUGGACCAGCUGAGAACUGUCGAUUGCAUUGUUUAUGCCAUGGGAUCUCUUUUCACAUCCAUUUGUCCUUCACUGGUACUAUUAGGGGUUGGAGAGAUUAUUUCUUCCCGUACAUGUCCCAAGGUUCUACUAUUGAAUGGUUCCCAUGAUCGAGAGACAAGUGGCUUUUCCGCUUCAAGCUUUGUAACUGCCAUUACUGAUGCCCUAAAUCGGACUUACGGGCAUUCCAAUAACUCUCUUGAAAAUCUUCCGAAUCAGUACAUUAACACACUAUUUGUGCCAAAAGAUGGUGCAAUUCCAGUGGACAUUGAAAACUUGGCUACUCAAGGUAUAUCAAAUGUGGUAGUUGUUGAUUCAAUACAUGAUCCAAAGGUUGGUGUUGUCUAUGACCCGAAGUCCUUGAUUCAGGCUCUUGCCAAUUUGAUGGGCAUAUGAUGAGCAGAAUUGCGGCAAGGGGUUAGCUCAAGUUCAUCAAUCUUUAUAGUGUUUACUCCUUAUCAUUGCCAAGUAUGAGUUGGGUCCUGCUUUACUUAGGUAGGAGAACUAAUUCAAGUCGGACUCUGAAUGUUCUGUGUUAUUCAUCGAUGCUUUCAAAGACGGAAAACCGUGUAUCCACAGGUGGCUGCUUUGCUUGUUUGUUGGUUUGAACUCAGAUGCCAUUCUUGGAUAAGGAAAAUAUCUGACCAGAACAUCAGCAAGUCAGAAUUUCAGAAACAUCACCAGACGAGAUUACAGAUGGAGAUGAGGAAAAUUAUCUGUUCUUUUGCUUGUGUUGGAAAAUCUCGAAUAGUGGCUAAGUCUUUUUUUUUUUUGG